AUGCUCCUUGGUACUGCGACUGGCUUGGGCCGACUGAAGGAUCCCGAUACCACGAAAAGAAUCGCAAUAGACGGGCGUUUGAUGACGGUGAAGUCGUUAGAUACGGUGCCGGCGAGUCAUGGAGACCUACACCUCGAGAUCGAUCACCUAGGCGGGUCAGAAGUCCUGCCAGAGAAAGGGUUAGAAGCCCAGUCAGAGAUCGACCAAGGAGCCCGCGACCUAGAAGUCCGCGCCCCCGGAGCCCCAUCCCCGCUGGAUCCGAUAGUUAUGUGCCUGGAAGAUACCCACCACGUCGUAGGUCGAGAAGUGGUGGAGGCGAUCGCUAUCGGAGGGAACGAUCAAGAGCAGAGCGAGAGAGCCCGCGCCGAAGAGAGCGUAUCGGUAUCUGGAAGAUCUUCACCUCGGCCAAGCUCCGUGAGAGCUCGUUCACCACUUCAGUCUCGAGAACAGUCUCCUCAUCAUACUAUGCUUGGAGCAGCACCGCUUCGAGAGGCCCCAAGACCUGCCCCCUACGACACAAAUGCCCAUGCCCCAGUGCGAUCGCCACCACGAGGACCUGCAGCUUUGAGAGCACCUCCAACUGGUCCUGCAGCAAAUAGGAAUACUGCGCCUCCAGUGGCUUCACCAGCUCCUCCACCUCCAGCUCGGAUUCAAACCCCUACCGCCCCUCCGCAGCGCUCAGAUACCACUAGCCCAACCAUUCCACCAGCUGGUCCGAGAGGUUAUGUGCCCCCGGCCAGAGGUGGUUUUGCACCGCGUGGAGGACGCGGCGGUUGGAAUCAACCACCGACGAGACAGUUCUCUGGGCCUUCUCCCACACCAUCGACAACGAAUGGACCCUCGGCCAUUCCCACAGGUCCGCGAGCCGCUCCAUCGAAUGUUCCCUUGUCCUCAACACCAACACAGUCUCGGCCAUUUAACCCUCCGACCGGACCAUCGGCCCAACAUGCCGGCGGUGCACGGCAAACUUUGGCACAAUCUAUGCUUGCGACACUUCCUCCAAUUAUCCCAGGUGGCAAGCUGGACCCUUCGAUGACACCCAUCUCCAUGGGCGUGACUCGGGAACUUGAGCCACAUUACCGGAAAUUGAAAGAUGAGGAGGAGAAGGUUAGAGAUGAGCUGCACGCCAAACAGGAGCGACUACGAAAGAGUAUCUACACAUGGAACAGGCUUGAACGUGAUUCGCGAGCUUGGGAGAUGCGAAGUGACUUGAGCGAGAAGAGCAUGAAAAAUCUUGCAGGUGAAGGUAUGGGAGGUGCCGCAUUCUGA